ACAAACGGCGCCCGGCGGCAGCGCGAACGGCCGCGCGGAACGUCGCUCUGGGCUAGUUGCCUGCCGCGACUUCCCGCGCAAGGCCGGCCCAACAGCGACCCGCAGCCUAGGCGGCGCUGGAGGAUGCCGCUGCCGCUCCGGGUGGCGGCCGCCAGAAGCUUGGUGCUCUGAAGGUCAGCAAGUCAAGCAGCAGCAGUUCAGGAGAGCUUGACACCUGCACAGUAAUGGCAGAGAAACGGCCCCUGGGGCCUCUGGGGCCUAUGAUGUAUGGCAAGCUGCCUCGCCUGGAGUCAGACCUAGGGCCAGGACACGGCCUGCCCCUUUCUGCUGGCAACCAGGACUCCUGCAAUUACAAAGGUGCAUACUUCUCCUGCCCCAUAGGGGGUACUUCCAAGGCAGGAUCUGAGCGGUUGGCAUCCUGGACCCCAUAUCCAUCCUUGUACCCCACUGGUGUGGCAGGAUCCCCGAUCCGUGGUGACAGCCUCCUGACAAACUGCCUCCUCUACCGCCCUCCGACAGAAGGCUCUGAAAAGAUGCAGGACUCCAGUGAGCUCCUGCCCUUCGGUCCGCAGGCUCACGCGUACCCAGGCCCACCUCUGGCAGCGCCCAAGCCUGUCUACCGCAGUCCUUUGUGUUACGGGCUCUCCACUUGCCUUGGAGAUGGGGCAGCAAAGAGACCAUUGGAUGUUGACUGGACCCUGGUGCCUGGGCCCCUUCUGCCUUCUGCUGACCCACCCUGUUCUUUGGCUACAGCUCCCGGCAAGGGCCAGCCCCUGGAUGGGACGUUCCUACGUGGUUUACCGUCUGGGGGACCUGGCAAGGACUCUUCCCUGACUUUUUCCCCGUGCCAGACAUUCCUAGAGAAGUAUCGAACUGUCCAAAGCACAGGUUUCCUGGCUUCCAAGUACCCUGGUCCUUACUCUGGGGAUCCCAAGCAAGCAAUGUCUGAGGGGCCCUCCGGACCUUGGACCCAGCUCACCCAGCCCCUAGGACCACCUUGCCAGGAUGCAGUGCCAGCCCACUAUCCACUGCCCCCGCCCCCACAGGCCUUGCCUUGCCCUCCAUCUUGUCGCCACCCAGAAAAGCAGGGAAGCUAUGGCUCUUUGCUCCCACUGCCGCCUCUGGGAGCCCACAAGGGGGCUGCAUACCAAGCUGGUGGGCUGGGCAGCCCCUACCUGAGGCAACAGGCAGCCCAGACUCCCUACAUGCCCCCUGUUGGGAUAGACAGUUAUCCCUAUUCCUCUGCACCCCUCCCGGCACCCUCACCAGGGCUCAAGCUGGAGCCCCCUCUUGCUCCGAGGUGCCCACUGGACUUUGUCCCCCAAACCCUGAGUUUUCCUUAUGCCAGGGAUGACCUCUCUCUCUAUGGGGCAUCCCCAGGGCUUGGGGGAACACCACCUUCCCAUUCCCAGAACAGUGUGCAGCCUGUGCCACAGCCUGGUGCCUUCCAGCGAACAUGCCAGCCUCUACCAGCCGGCCAGCCAUGCUCUGAGCCCAUGAGACCUGCAGAGAAGCCAACGCCAGAAGCUCAAGAGAAGACGUGGCUGCCCAGCUGCAGGAAAGAGCAACUCCAGUCCAGGCCCAGUGAGCGACCUGGGGUACCUAUUGUUAUCAGAGACAGUCCAGUUCCCCGCACCUCACCAGCACUGCACCCCUGUGCCAAGGAGCGCCAGUCUCUUCCACAGAAGGAUGCUAGACCUCCUAGCUCCCCACCAAUGCCUGUGAUUGACAAUGUUUUUAGUCUGGCCCCCUACCGUGACUACCUGGAUGUGCAGACCCCAGAGCCCACAGUUGAGCAGGACUCAGCUCCAGCCACCAGUAAGAGCCAAGACAAAGAUUGCAAGGAGACCCUGCCUGUUCAGGAUGGGGCCUCUAGGCCUCACUGCUCUCUUCGUGAGGAGGUGGCUCUGGACUUGAGUGUGAAGAAGUCAAUGGCAGAGGAUGUCCCUGUCAAGGUCCCUAGUCCUGAGGAGCAUAAUAAGCCCAGUGAAACUGUCGAUGGGUCAGGUAUAGAAAACACAGCGUCUGGUUUGCCUGGCCUAAAAAAGAUGGUCACAGAAAUACCUGAGGUAACUGCAGAAGCCACACCAAGGACAAAUUUCCACAGCUCUGUGGCCUUCAUGUUCAGAAAAUUCAAGAUACUCCGUCCUGCACCAUUACCUGCAGCUAUUGUUCCUUCCCCCCCUACUCCAGCUUCUGUCCCUGCCCCUGCCCCUGCCCCUGCCCCUACUCCUGUCCCUGUCCCUGUCCCUGUCCCUGCACAGCCUGCACCCAACCCCCCUUCUGUGCCCAUGGGACUGCAGAUUCUCACUCAGCCUUUGCCAGUAGCAUGUUUCAACCUGGCCCUGCCUAGCCCACCAGCCAUAGCCGUGGCCUCCCCAGCCCCAGCCUCCGCUCCACCUCCAUCACCAGCUCCUGCUCCAGCCUCAGGCCCCGCUCCAGCUUCUGCUCAAGUUCCCACUGCAGCCCCAGUGUACUCAGAACAGCACUUCACAGGGCUGCACACAUCCCUCUGUGACGCCAUCUCAGGCUCUGUGGCCCAUUCUCCACCAGAGAAACUGCGUGAGUGGCUCGAGAGCACUGGGCCAUGGGGCCAGGCCGCAUGGCAGGACGGCCAAGGUGUUCAGGGGCUGCUAGGCAGACUGCUCUCCCAGCUACAGAAGUUCGUGUGCACACAGCAGUGCCCCUUCCCUCACGUAGUGCGGGCCGGCGCCAUCUUUGUGCCCAUCCAUCUGGUGAAGGAGCGUCUCUUUCCAAAGCUGCCACCGGCCUCUGUGGACCAUGUGCUGCAGGACCACCGUGUGGAACUACGGCCCACCACUCUGUCAGAGGAGCGUGCACUGCGUGAACGAGCCCUACAUGGCUGCACCUCACGCAUGCUGAAGCUGCUGGCACUGCGUCAGCUGCCUGACAUCUACCCUGACCUGCUGGGCCUGCAAUGGCAUGACUGUGUCCGCCGCCAGCUGGGUGGCUUCAACACUGAGGCCAGAGCUUUAUCCCCAUCAGAACCCACGAUGACCAGAGAUGAGCCAGAAAGCCAAGCCCUGGCUGGGAAGUUGCCAGCCCCCAAGGCCAAGAAGCUAGGGAAGAAGCCACCAACACCUGGCCCAGAGAAAACAGAGACAACCACUGGGGAAGGGUCAUGUAAUCCCUCACCUAGCUCUGGUGCCAGCACCAGCCCACCAGGUCCCACCCUGAGGGCCCGCUUCCGCAACCUGUUAGAAACUGCCUGGCUCAACGGUGUGGCACUGCCUACCUGGGGCCACAAGGCCUCUGGAGCAGAUCGGCCUUCACCUCACCCCCAGCUCUUGGGCAGCCAGACCCAUCAUCUGUAGCAUUGUCACUAGUGCUGUUGGGGCAGCCACCCAUCUAGGGACCACUGUGUACCUGUCCUGACAUCUAGCUGCUCAGGGCUAGGACUGGAUGUGAGGCUGGGCUCACCUAACUGGGCGGAGACUUCCUGAACUUUUAACUGGAGGAUCUUUGUUAGAAGAGAUUCCUUCCCUUGAGAAAACCUGUGGGCAUUGAAGCCAACCCCGCCUGGCCUUGAAUCCUGACUGCUGUGUUCUGGGCAGACACUUCACCUCUCAUGAGCCCUUGCUCCCCGUUUGUAGAAUAAGACAACACAGCCUACCUCACAAGGGUUGUUGUGGGGAUGAUGUCUGAAAUACAACCACAGUGCUUCGGUUUGCUUCUUGCCCAGGAUAGGCCUGUGACCUCAGCCAGGCUGUGGAAUAACAAGACUGAGGUUGGCAGAACGUUCUUGUCAAGUUCAUGUGUCUUGGGACCUAGUUACCUUAGAGGUACAUGAUACAAUGUGUGUGACUCAUGCACUUCUAACCGCAGGCUGCUGCAGGUGCAGGGGGCUGGCCUGGGGCUGGCCUAGAGAGCCUAAGUCUACUCUGGAUUCAUAGCUGUAACCUACCUGGGCUGCAUCUCACACCCCAGGAGGGUUGUCUAGAAUUGGAUGCUUCUAGAGCCAAGCAGCUACAGGGACUGGACCCAACAAGGCUGUGUGAGCUCAAUGCUGGGAAAUGGUCUGGACUGGGUACUCGUGGUAUUUCCCAGGACUCUUGGGGUCGCCUCCCUGCAGUGGGCUGAAUUCAGCUGAUGGCUGACAAGUUCCUAUCUUAUUUAAGGGUUUCGUUCGAUGAGACUGGGCCUUGGGAGACAACUAUUAAAGCAUUUGGGUUGUUUUUGGAGCUGA